UUUUGUAAAUAAAUAAUCAGGACAAGUCAGUUCGCCCCUCCUUCCUCAUUCCAAGAAGCAGAGCCACAGAUCGGAUCCUCUCUCCGCCAUGGAUUUACUAGCACGCACAAUCUGCUUCUACUUACUCACAAUUGCUUCGUUUAUCUCCUCUAAUGCUAAGGCUGACGGUACUGCCUCCGUCUUCUUCAUCGAUAGCUCCACUCAUCAUUUUCUUCGUAACCCUUCCUCAAACGAUGUUGUCAAGCCUGACUCAAUGUUGCUCUCAGAAGUCAGUGCAGCCGUGUCAGUCUUGCUUGGAUUUGCACCACCUUCCACGCUCUCAGCUGCUGGUUCAGCUAAGUUGAAUGAGGUUCUCGUGCCUAAUCCAUUCAAUAGGCCUCGUGCUGUUGUUGCGCUUGAAGUCGGAGGAAUUGGUGAUCAUGCUCUUGUAGUCAAAGACAAUGUCAUGUUCAGCAGUGCCUAUAGUUCCAGGAUUGACCUUGGCUCAAGCAAAGCUGACGUCGAGCUUCCAGAUGAAGGUGAAGUUUCUGUGUUUUCUUUGGAUGAACAAUCCACAGAUUAUACUGACAAAGACAUUGGAGAUUUUGCAGCUUGGAUGAGUGGUUCAUAUGUUGUUGAUACAUUAGAACCACUAAAUGGAGAGUUGAGCAUCCCUUUGGCCAAUGGCGACAACUUGAAGCUUCAUAUGUCAAAGGAAUCAGAUAGGAUAUUCACAACUAGCCUUCUGUCUCUCAUCCGCAACUUUAAAAGGGCACAAGAGAUGCAUCAAGAUUUGUCACACAACAUCCAUAGCCCAGCUGAGUUAUUAACAGGCCGUUUUGAUGGAAUCAAGGUUUUGCAAGAGCAGUACGGAACUGAUGGAGCUACUCAACAUGGAGUGGAGCUACUGCUUGCUACACUGUCCAAGAUAUUUGAUUCACUUGAAAAUGCAUACAAAGGUCAAAUUGUUGGAGCUAUCCUUUUCAAUGGUGUUGCACCUGUGGAGUCGGGAAAGAUGUUGAAUGUGAUGUAUGCUAGUCGAUCAUAUGCUCGUUUGUUGGCUGAAAAAGAAGGCCUAAAUAAUACAAAAAUUGUGCAAGUGUUAUUGGUUAGGCGUACACUUGCUUGGAUCACAGGAAUUAUUCUUAUCAUUUCAACUCUUUUGGGGGUUUUUGUAGCCCAUCAGACGCUCGCUCAUUCACGCAUGGUAGACAUGAAUUGCGUAUUUACCUUUAUGGAAAAGUUGAUUGUUCGAUACAGGAGCCACAGAUCAGAUCCUCUCUCUCCCAUGGAUUUACUCACACGCACCAUCUGCUUCUACAUACUCGCCAUUGCUUCGUUUAUCUCCUCCAACGCUAAGGCUGACGGUACUACCUCUGUCUUCUUCAUCGACAGCUCCACUCAUCAUUUUCUUCGUAACCCUUCCUCAAACGAUGUCGUCAAGCCCGAAUCAAUGUUGCUCUCAGACGUCAGUGCAGCUGUGUCAGUCUUGCUUGGAUUUGCACCACCUUCCACGCUCUCAGCUACUGGUUCAGCUAAGUUGAAUGAGGUGCUUGUGCCUAAUCCAUUCAAUAGGCCUCGAGCUGUUGUGGCGCUUGAAAUCGGAGGAAUUGGUGAUCAUGCUCUUGUAGUCAAAGACAGUGUCAUGUUCAGCAGUGCCUAUAGUUCCAAGAUCGACCUUAGCUCAAGCAAAGCUGACAUCGAGCUUCCUGAUGAAGGUGAAGUUUCUGUGUUUUCUUUGGAUGAACAAUCGACAGAUUAUACUGACAAGGAGAUUGGAGAUUUUGCAGCUUGGAUGAGUGGUUCAUAUGUUAUUGAUACAUUAGAACCACUAAAUGGAGAGUUGAGCAUCCCUUUGGCCAAUGGCGACAACUUGAAGCUUCAUAUGUCAAAGGAAUCAGAUAGGAUAUUCACAACUAGCCUUCUGUCUCUCAUCCGCAACUUUAAAAGGGCAACAGAGAUGCAUCAAGAUUUGUCACACAACAUCCAUAGCCCAGCUGAGUUAUUAACAGGCCGUUUUGAUGGAAUCAAGGUUUUGCAAGAGCAGUACGGAACUGAUGGAGCUGCUCAACAUGGAGUGGAGCUACUGCUUGCUACACUGUCCAAGAUAUUUGAUUCACUUGAAAAUGCAUACAAAGGUCAAAUUGUUGGAGCUAUCCUUUUCAAUGGAGUUGCACCUGUGGAGUCGGGAAAGAUGUUGAAUGUGAUGUAUACUAGUCGAUCAUAUGCUCGUUUGUUGGCUGAAAAAGAAGGCCUGAAUAAUACAAAAAUUGUGCAAGUGUUAUUGGUUAGGCGUACACUUGCUUGGAUCACAGGAAUUAUUCUUAUCAUUUCAACUCUUUUGGGGGUGUGCUUCCUUGUGAAUAUGCCAGUCACCAGGGAUACGUUACUCUACUCUAACGUCAAGCUGGACUGAGCAUGGCAGGCAGCUACUUGAUCAAUGUUUCAGGCCCAGGUUUUUCAAGCCCCUAUCAGAUGCUCGCUCAUUUACGCACGGUUGGCAUAAAUUGGGUAUUUACCUUCAUGGAAAAGUUGAUUGUUCGAUACAGGGUUGUUUUUUGUAAAGCAUGGUUUAGGUACUUAGUGUAUGAGCAAGAAGAUUCAUGGCAUGUUCAGUCAAUUAUUAUCUGGAUUAGAGGGUUGUAGAGGAGAUUCUCUAUGAUAUAUGUAUUUGGUGUAUUAAAUUCUAUCUUCCAAGUUUUGAACAAGGCAAAUAAUUCAAUCCUUUCUUCUUCA